CCGUUGUACACCUGCUGUCCAGCUAGUGAGUGGUUCUUUUUGGCUACAAUGUGGAUUACUAGAAUGACUCUCGGGUGGCAGUAGUGUGUUCGCCAAAUGUUGGAUCUUCGUCCGUCUUACGUUUGAAUGGCUCCCCUUUUAACGAUGAACCAAUUGUGUAAGGUGUGUGGUGAACCUGCUGCAGGUUAUCAUUUCGGGGCCUUCACCUGCGAAGGUUGUAAGUCAUUUUUUGGAAGGACCUAUAAUAAUUUAUCAGCGUUAGGAGAGUGUAAAAACAAUGGCCAGUGUGUAAUUAACAAGAAAAACAGAACAUCGUGUAAAAGUUGUAGAUUAAAAAAAUGUCUUUUGGUAGGAAUGUCAAAGAGCGGAUCCAGGUAUGGACGAAGAUCCAACUGGUUUAAAAUCCAUUGUUUAAUACAAGGCCAAGAAGACAUAAGUACAAGGUUAUCCGAACAAAACGCACUAUCAAAUGGGGAUUUGCAUCCAAAUUCCAGGGCUUAUUUAACACCUUAUAUUGGACACGAUGGUGAUAGUGAUACGUCGAGUAAAAACGGUUCACAGUCUUCCCCAGACGAUGUCAUCACUAAACACAAUGUUGGACAGAAAUCAUCAUCUAAUGGUUAUCUUCCAGACUCAAAUAGUCCAUCGUUCGAAUGGAAAGAAAAUAUGACAUUUCCAUUAUCCGUAUCAACUAUGUCAUCGAUCAAUUCGAAAAUAUUCCAUACAAAUAAUAGCCCUUUAUUAAAUAAAGGUUAUUCCAACGCAUAUCCAAGUGACUUUUUUCCAUAUGCUCAAAGAUACAUAUUGGUUAAUCCCAUACCUCCCGUAUUAAAAUCUCCCACCGAGGGUAUACCAUUAGGUAUGGACUGUUUAUCGGAUGUAUCGGAUCAAGAGAAGCCAAUGGACUUAUCUGUAAAAAAGUCACCCAUUCCAGAACCUGAAUUAUCCAUUGAUGAAGAAGAGAAAAUUGAAAGUGAAGAACCAGUCGACGUAGUUGAAGAAUGUACUACAUUAUCAGAGAAACCUCUAGAUCUUACUAAAAAGUUGUGAUAUAUUCACGUUGACAUCUCCUGUACGUUUAAAAGCUAGACUCUGUACAGUCAAGCGAUGAAAAGAUAUCAGAAAAAAAUAAUAAUAAUAAUAAUUCAUUAUAAAUCAAAGACGUACUGAAGGAGAUGUAUCAUAUGCAUUUAUUAUUUAUGGUCCCAUUUCGUACGGACAUCAAUAUAUAUAUAUAUAUAUUAUUUUUUUUUAUUUGAUGUCGAAGUUCAAGGCCAGUUUUUCACCAAGUGCUUUAUUAUGUGUAUAUCCAAGGUAACAAUUUGUGAAUUAUUGCAUUAAGUUCUUUCGCUUAGCGUAGAAAAUGUGACAAAUCACGUGGUUAUUCGUGUCAGGUAAAAAUAUUAAGUGGAAAAAGAUUACAAGUCUAAUGCUGUGAUGUAAAAAUAAUUACAGUCAAGCUAUUUUUUUAGAGAGAGAGAGAGAGA